GGCGCGCGGGCGCUGAGCGGCCCCGAUGGAGCUCGGGCGGCUGCGGCGCCGCCUCCUCCUCCUCCUCCUCCCCGCGGCGCCGCCGCCCUCCCGCUCCGCGCACACCGGCGGGGGCGGCGCCGGGGCCCCCCGGCCGCGCCGCGACCUGUACGAGGUGCUGGGCGUGCCGCGCACGGCCACGGCGGCGCAGAUCAAGACGGCGUACUACGAGCAGUCGUUCCGCUACCACCCCGACCGCAACGCCGGCAGCGCGGCCGCCGCCGCGCGCUUCGCCGCCGUCAGCGAGGCCUACCGGGUGCUGGGCAGCGCCGCGCUCCGCCGCAAGUACGACCGCGGGCUGCUCAGCCCCCAGGAGCUGCGCGAUGCCCCCGGCCCGCGCCCGCCCGCCCGGCGCCGCCUCGCCGCCCCGCCGCCGCCCCGCGCCCCCGCCGCCCGCGCCGGGCCCGCCCCGCCGCCCUUCGACUUCGACGCCUUCUACCGAGCGCACUACGGGGAGCAGCUGGAGCGGGAGCAGCUGCUGCGGGCGCGGCGGGAGCAGUUGCGCCUCCGCCGGGAGGAGGCCGCGGAGCAGGGGCGCCUCAGGGCCCUCUCCAGCCUGUCGGUGGGGCUGCUUUUCUUCACGGGCGUUGCUAUCCUCUACGGCCUCAAGUGACGGCGGGGCGCCCCAGCUCCCCGGUGUCACCAGGGGUUUGGCAGAGGGCUGGGGGUGCCCCCUGCAGCUGGCAGACACCGUGUGUCUGCUGUUGGGCUGUGACAGUUCACUCUGCCGCCGUGACCUUCAGGGACGGUACGUGACCAG